AUGGUGCAGCUCCGACCGCGCGCGUCCCGCGCUCCCGCGUCGGCGUCGGCGAUGGUGGACGAGGGCCAGCCCGCCUCGGAGGAGGCGGAGCACGGCCUGCUGCUCGGGCAGCCCAGCAGCGGCGCGGCCGCCGAGCCCUUGGAGGAGGACGGGGACGGGGAUGACGAGUUGGACGACGAGGCCCCGGAGGAGCUGACUUUCGCCAGCGCCCAGGCGGAGGCGAGGGCAGAGGAGCGGCGAGUUCGGGAGACGGCGCGCAGGGAUAAAACACUCCUGAAGGAGAAGAGGAAGCGACGCGAGGAGCUGUUCAUUGAACAAAAGAAAAGGAAACUCCUUCCAGACACUGUUCUACAGAAGUUGACUACAGCUUCACAGACAAACAUAAAGAAAUCACCAGGAAAAUUAAAAGAAGAUAAAUCGCAGAAGAAAAAUGAAGAAUGGGAAAAAGGAAAUGAGUCCAAGAAAGCUAAAGAAAAAGUACAAUCUAUUGGCCAGAAUAAAAGUUACUUGGCUCGAAGGCUAAAAGAUCAAGAUCUGAGAGAUUCAAGGCAACAAGCAGCCAAAGCCUUCAUACAAAAUUCUUUGUAUGGUCCAGGAACCAACAGAACUACUGUAAAUAAGUUCCUGUCUCUUAAUAAUAAGAGGUUACCAGUGAAAAAGGCCGCAGCCCAGUUUUUGAAUAAUGGUUGGGGAACCCAGAAAAAACAAAAUGCCAAGAGGUUUAAAAGACGGUGGAUGGUCAGAAAGAUGAAAACUUCUAAGAAGUAA